AUGACUGUUACUCCUAUCGUGAUUGGUCAGCCUAUACCAGAACUAAACAUCUUUGAACACUCCGUAUACCUGGAAAGAUAUGACCAGCUUCGUAACAUAACCAAUCAGGUGGUUGACUCUGUUGCUGAACCUGUUCCACCAACACUACCCCCCAAACCCACUAUAACGCCAGUGCCAUGUAUGAGACCCAUGGAUGUGAUAUUCUUAAUGGACGGCAGUAUUAACAUCAAGCAAUCAGAGUUUGAACUCAUGAAAACUUUUGUCAAGAACUUUAUUUACAAGGCACAUAUUGGACCUGAAGAAACACAGGUGGCUGUUCUUCAGUAUGGAUGGACACCUCAGCUGGAAAUUGCAUGGACAGACCCCCAGAACAAGGAAGGCUUGAUAAAGCUGGUGGAUGCUAUGCAGCAAAUGGAAAGCGGACCUAGCAAAAUUGGAGAUGCAUUGCAAUAUGCUGUCCACAGUGUCAUUUCAGAAGUGCAUGGAGCAAGACCUCUUUCAUCUAAGAUCGCAAUUAUCCUUGUUGCAGACAAAUCAGAUGAUCAAGUUAAUGAUGCAGCCAACUCGGCAACAACAAACAGAAUAUCUGUUUUCCCAAUUGGAGUUGGAUCCCGCUAUGACGAGGAUGAAUUAUCCAUCCUAGCUGGGCCGUCUGCUAUCCACAAGAUCACAAAAGCUACAACUUUUUGAAGACCUGCCAACUAUUCUCCUGCUGGGAAAUGACUUUAUAAACAAGCUGUGCUUUGACUUCAUCAAAGUGUGCAUUGAUGAGGAUGGAAAUCAGAGAAAGGCUGGAGAAAGUUGGACCCUUUCAGACAAGUGCCAUACUGUCAGAUGUCUGCCAGAUGGCUCCACCAGUCUAGAAAGUCACCGAGUGAACUGCAUGAAGAUCCCAAAACCAAUAUGUGACAAUAACUUGCCCGCUAUUAAAGUUGAGGAGACGUGUGGCUGCCGCUGGGUGUGCCCAUGUACCUGCAAGGGAAGUUCCAACAGACACAUUGUAACCUUUGAUGGUCUAAACUUUAAACUCAUCAGUGAUUGUUCCUACAUGUUGUUUGAUGACAAAACAAAUAACGUGGAAGUCAUUCUACAAAACGGUGAAUGCAGUUCACUGAGCCAUCAGACCUGCAUGAAUUCUAUGCAAGUGAAACACAAUCAGGAUGAAGUAACACUGUACCACAACAUGCAGGUAUCUGUCAAUGGAAAAUCAGUCACCGUGCCAUAUCACAGCAGUGUGUUCGAAAUUGAUGUGUAUGGAGCUGUCAUACAUGAAGUCAAGAUUCCCAAACUAGGAUUUGUGUUUACAUUUACACCGUCAAUCAAUGAGUUUAUACUGCAACUUAAUCCCCAUGUGUUCUCUUCAAGUACAUCAGGACUUUGUGGUGUAUGUGACCACAAUUCCGGCAACGAUUUCACACUAAGGGAUGGCUCGGUAACUAGAGACAGUAGCCUUUUCAUACAACAGUGGACCUUGCCUGACCAUAUGGGUAGAGAAUGUAAAACUCGAAUGGAAGAUGUCUGCAUCCAACCUCCCAGCCCCCAUUGUAACAUCCUGCUCUCCCAAACAUUUGAGGCAUGCCACUCCAAGAUCCAACCCAGCACCUACUUCUCCCUGUGCCAGGAAAGCAGCUGCCACGGCAAGACUUCUGUGAGAUCAUUGCUGGAUACAGCCACCUUUGCCGAAUACACGGCGUGUGCACAGACUGGAGAACAACAGACCUCUGUCCUAUGAACUGUCCAAGUACCAUGGUGUACAACCCCUGCCGGUCAGGAUGUGAAAGGGACUGCACAAAUAUCCACAAUGCAACAGACUGCUAUGACCACCCAACAGAAGGCUGCUUUUGUCCAGAUGGAAAAGUUACAUUAUACGGAAAAUGUGUCUCUGAAAGUGCGUGCACCCAGUGUGUUGAUAUCUACGGAACUGAGUACCAGCAUCUGGAACGCUGGAUUCCCAGCUCUCAACCAUGCACUAUCUGCAUUUGUCUGGAUAACAGGAUGAUUAACUGCUCACCCAAGCCGUGCCCAACCGUCGAACCAAUCACUUGUGGCCCUUGUGAGAUUCCAAAGCUGAAGAAGACUUCCGAUCAUUGCUGCCCGGAAUAUGAAUGUGUUUGUGAUAACAGUACCUGUAACUUACCUCCUAUACCACACUGUGAAGAUGGAAUGGUACCCGUACUUACCAACGCUGGAGAAUGCAUGCCAAUCUAUAAAUGUGAGUGCAAAAUGGAGGCCUGUCCUGUACCCAUGACCUGUCCUUCCAAUAAGAAGCUGACAACGACUAGCACAAAGUGUUGUAAUGAGUAUAAAUGCAGCUGUAUGUGUUCCAAUUCCACAAAUACCUGUCCACCCGGAUACAUCUCCUCCAUCCUGACCGAUGAGUGUGGCUGCUCCUCUGUUACCUGUACUGCAGAUCAGGUCUGCGUCCAUAAAAAUAUUGUAUAUCGCAUUGGAAGCCUGUGGGAGGACGGAUGCCAGACCUGCAAGUGUACUGACCUGAUGGACUCGAUCACAGGACUCCGCAUAGUCGAGUGUGUUAAAAAGCAAUGUAAUACAAAGUGUGCUCUGGGUUUCAGAUAUGUGACCCAGGAAAACGAGUGUUGUGGGAGAUGUAAGCGGGCAGUGUGUGAACAAGAGAUGCCUCACCUUGAAGGAAAUAAAGGAGAUUUUGAUGAACCUGAGGGCAAAAGCCGUUUUUAUAGUGUUGGUGCACGGUGGGCAUCUCCAUUUGAUCCUUGUAUCUUUAAUGAAUGCACGCAAGUGAACGGGGAAGUGUUUACUCUUCAGAAAAAUGUGUCCUGCUCUGACAUUGAGACCAAGAACUGUCCCACUGGUUUUGAACUGAAGUGUGUCCAUGGAGCAGAGUGCUGUCCCACUUGCCAUUGUGAUCGCAUCCCGGGCUGUCUUCUCAAUGGAACUAUUAUUGGGCCUGAGAAGACAUUGAUGAUAGAUGAAUGCUCCUCCUGUGAAUGUAGCGUUUCCAGAGGACCAAAUCCAAGUUAUAAAUUAUCCUGCCAACGGACAACAUGUGAUCCUUGUCCACAGAACACUGUUUUGCAAAAGGUUAAAGGCACCUGUUGUGGCAAAUGCAUCUUGAUGUCCUGCACCAUCAUGAUGAAGAAUGGAAAUCCAGUUAAUAUAGAGCCCAGCAAGUCCAUACAGGAUGGCUGUAACACAUACAACUGCAAAGCUAAUGAACAAGGAGAGUUGACUCUGGAAACUGUGGUAACAACUUGCCCACCAUUUGAUCAUCAGAAAUGUUUGGCAGAUGGGGGUAAAAUUGUACAACUUGGAGACUCCUGUUGUGAAACAUGUCAGGAACCGGAAUGUAAGCAGAUUGCGGGGGUCCUGAACUAUAUACGAGUUGAUGACUGUGUGACGGAAAGACAACUAAAUGUACACUACUGCGAGGGCAAAUGUACCAGUAAAUCCAUCUAUGCCAUAGAGACACAUCGCAUGGAAGAUCAAUGCAUUUGCUGUUCUGCCACCCAAACCGAGCCAAUUAAAGUGCCCUUGAGAUGUGCUAAUGGGACCACAGUAGAACAUGAAAUCUUACAAGCAACAAACUGUGAAUGUCAGUCUCGCAAAUGUACCACUCAUAGCUCUGUUCCAUGA